AUGAAUGCAGAGCGAAGAAGCGAGAAGAAGGAAACCACCGCGAGGAAGAAGAUGGCGGAGGAAGAGGGAAACAGCGAGCCCACGCUGAAGACGCACCGCUGGGAGACGGCGUCGGGUGCCCCGGUGCCGCUGCCGACGUCCUCCCGUUGGGGCGCCGGCACCCCGCGUCAGUUGGGCGGGGACACGCCGAAGGUUCUCGUGAGCGCCGAGCUCUCAGCGUGGCGCGGCCACUCGACCCCGACGCCGAGCGCCUACACGGUGGACUCCGUUAGGACCCCGACAAUGCGAGGGCAGGGCGGGCAGACACCGACGUUUGGCGCAGGAGGCGGCGCCACCCCGACGUUUGGCGGCGCCACUCCGAUGUUUGGCGGCACCACCCCGAUGUUUGGCGGCGCCACUCCGAUGUUUGGCGGGGUGACGCCGGCGGCGGGCAUGGCGUUCGGCGUUACCCCAAACCUCCAAUUUGAGGGGACCACGCCGGUGCAGUCACGCUUCGCCGGCGGGGACUCGCAGUCGGCCAUCACGGCCAACAUUGAGGCGCAGGCGCGGAAGCUGGAGGUGCAGUGGCGGAUGAAGAACAGGCGGCUGACGGAGGAGUACCUUGACUCCAUUCUCCCGCCCGAGUUCAAGCUCGUGGAGGCGCCUGCGGACUACAACCCGCCACCGCCGGAGGAGCCAAACUUCUACGAGCUCGCCAGCAAGUCGCUGGAUGUGUUUGUGGUGAACCAAGGCAGUGACGCCGCGGCGGCCGUCACCUACGACAUUCCAGAGAGCCUGGGGGAGGGGAUGCCGCAGAUGAAGCCGCAGGAUGCCCCGGUGUUUGAGAUGCUUCUCAAGUACCAUAAUGUCAAUCCCAUCCCCGAUGAGGUGCUGCCGUCGUACCUUCUCAUGAAGAAUCUUUUCAGGAUUAAGAACGGCGACACAAACCAGCGUCGUAUUGCCAUGCGAUUCUUGCUAGAUAAGGCGCGUGUCUUUGGUAGUGAGCCACUCUUUCAAUUCACGUUUCACGUGUGGCGAUCCAGCAGUCUUGAUUUGCAGGAGCAGCACUAUUUUGUGGACCUUGUCAAGGGCGUGAUUUCGCGGCUGCAGAAGGAGGUGCGGAGCUCCACAAAGGAGAUUGUGCACAUGAUGGAGGUCCUCCUCUCCGCCCAGGAGGCUGCUGUGCGGGAGGAUGGCAAAGACGUCCUCGCGCUCCUCACCCGCGUGGUCGGCUACGAGGCGGUGUUUGAGGCGAUCAAGGAGGACUUUGCGCACGCAGAGAACGGCGUGCGCCGGCACACGGCGAAGGUGGUGGCCAUCGUGGGGUACGCGGUGGGGCCGGCGACGGCGCUGCAGAUCAUCCACGGCAUGUCUCUCUCCCCGGUCGCGCUGGCGCGGCAGACGUCGGCGCGCGCCAUCACGGAGUUGGCGUCCAUCCUCAUGCACGCCAUCACCGGCGAGCUGGUGGAGCUGGUGCCCAUCUUUGAAAAGCUGCUGCGGGAUGAGCCACGCGUCAAGCGUGAGGCCGCCAACGCCCUUGCGCACGUGGCAGACGCGACCCACCCCUACGGCAUCGAGGAGUUAACGCCACUGGUGCAUAUCGUGCGGGAGGAGUGCAAGCGUGGCAUCGGCAGCACCGCAGGACCGUUUGUGCGUGCCUUUGGUUCACUGGUUCCGCUCAUGGCGCCGUACGACGCGCAGAAGUACACCUCCGACAUGAUGCCCACCCUGGUGAAUCAGUUCAACACGCCGGAGGAUGAGCACCGUCGUGUCUUGCUGCAGGUGGUGCGGCAGUGCGUUUCCGCAGAGGGUGUCACGGCAAACUUUAUUCGCGACGUCAUAUUAAAGCCCUUCUUUGACGGUUUUUGGUCCGUGCGUCGCGUGGCUGCGGAGCGCAAGACGGCGGCCGCCCUGGUGGAGACGACCGUGGCGCUCUCGAAAAAGCUCGGCAGCACCGAGAUCCUGCAGCACCUGGUGCAGGACAUGAAGGACGAGAAUGAGCACUUUCAGCGCAUGGUCAUCGACACCGUGCGACGCGUGGUGCGGGCGGUUGGGACGGUUGGGGUUCCCGACACUCUUGUCGCUCUGCUGCUGGACGGCGCCAUCGCCGCGGUGAAGCAGGACGAGAGUGGCCUCAACCGCGUGGUGCUGGAGGGCCUCGCCGUCAUCUGCAACUCGCUUGGAAAGCGGCUGAAGCGGUACCUGCGGCAGGUGUUUGACCUCAUCAAGAGUCGUCGUGACAUGCCGGGAAUGAUUCGCAUGCAGGCGGCGGAGCUGGCCGCCCGCAUCGCACACACCGUGAAGGAGGCGGAGGGGAUACUUUUCCUGCAGGAUCUCGGACGCAGCCUCUUUGACCGCCUGGAGGACGAUGAGGCGGCCGUGAUGAGUGCAAACAUAAAGGCUACGCGUGCCAUUUUGCUGGAGCUUGGGGCGGCGAAGUACCAGCCGUCUGUCAAGGAGCUGCUGAAGAAGCUGACGUACAUCAUCCGCAACCGCAACAGUAACGUGCAGCUGAACACCAUCUUACUUAUUGAGGAGAUCGCGACGAACUGCGACGAGGACGUGGAUGCCAUUCAGCUGCAGGAAUUAGCCACCAAAGGGCUCUUUGAGCUCCUGGACGCCGAUCGCCGUGAGACCCGUCGGGCCUGCACCCGGACGUUUGGCGUCAUUGCCCAGAAGAUUCGCCCCUUCGCCAUCAUUCUCGAGCUCGUCGAUAACUUCAAGCAGGACAAGCGCAAGAUUCGCAUCUGCACCGCCGUGGCGUUGGCGGCCAUUGCCCGUGAGUGCGGCCCCUUCACCGUUAUCCCCUACAUACUUAACGAGUACAAGAUAAGCGAGGGGGAGCAGGUGGCGACGAUUGUGCAGCACGCCGUGCUGAAGGCAAUUCGGUACGUGUUUGAGGCCAUUGGGGCCGUGGGGAAGGAGUACGUCUACCCGCUCAUCCCACUGCUCCUGCGCGCCCUCACGGAGACGGAGAUCCAGCACCGCCGCAUGGCCGUCGAGGCCUGUCGGGCGAUCACGAUGGCGGUGGCCGGCAACGACGGGUUUGAGGAGGUGGUGAUUCACUUCCUCAACUUUAUUCACCCGAACAUCGUGGAGCUGCUCUCGCGGAAUGAGUCGAAGAUUAGCGAGGAGCGGCUCAAGAUGGUCACCGCCGUCGUGAGCUUCUACGAGGCGGCCCUCCUCGUGGUGGGGUCCGCCAGGCUGUUGCAGUACCUGCUGCAGGGACUUUUUCACCCGGCGAAGAAAGUGCGGGACAUCUACCGGCGGACGUACAACAUGAUUUACAUCGUGAGCCCGGAGGCGCUCGUGCCGUGCUACCCCAGCGUGGGCGACGCCGACGAGCGUCUACCCGCCCGCCACGAACUCGAGGUGAUCCUGUAG